AUGUCAGUGCCUGUUGGGCCUCGAGCAUCCAAAGAAGACUUCAUGCGCGCACUUGGUUUGGACUCAAAUAAUCCUCAGCAUGAGCCAUAUUACCGUGCCAUGAGGGAUGAAGCCAUUGUGGUGUAUAACCAUAUGCAUCGAAGCAAUUCUGACUUGCUCGAUAAUUAUCGAGCCGACCCAAAUAUGCGGCCGCCAUUCUGUUGGCACUAUAUCCGCCCCGACCGACAGCGGUGGGGUGUGAUGGAGAUAUGGAGAAAUUCGGGGCCUGUGACACGACCCCUAUUCGACCGCGGUGCUACUCCUGGGGAGUACGGCCCUAAUUGGGUUACUGGAUGGCUGUUGUACAGUGUAUUCCGUUCACGGGAUAUACGCAACAAUCGCCAUCGUAACCAGAAUAAGAAAGAUUCCGGUGGUGGUGGUGGUGGUAGUAGUAGUGGAGGCAGUUCCGCCCGGCUGCGACGAAAAGGCUCGAAAAGUCCAACUUCAGGUUCUGAAACACAGACAAAGUCGACUUAUUACGACCCCAUCAGAAAUUAA